AUGCUAUUCCGCACGGGUUACUUGACUGCCGUAACUGCAACUGGCACACUGGCUCUUGGCCUGAACAUGCCUUGCAAGACUGUGGUCUUUGCAGGAGACUCAGUCUUUUUAACAGCACUCAACUAUCGACAGGCGUCGGGUCGUGCUGGCCGUCGUGGCUUCGAUCUUCUCGGUAAUGUAGUGUUCCACGGCAUCCCUGAACACCGCGCCAUGGAAAUAAUCUCGUCACGCCUACCAGAUCUGAGAGGACAGUUCCCCAUAUCGGUGAUGUUGAUUCUUCGACUCUUCGGUUUUCUUCACGGCACCAAAGACUCCGAGUACGCCAUCAAAGCAGUCGAGUCUCUGCUCAUGCAGACGCGUCUUUUUCUAGGGGGGCCGGCCUCGCAGAUGACUGUCAAGCAUCACGUGCGAUUCUCGAUUGAGUAUUUACGACGCCAACACCUGCUCUCUUCAAAUGGGGUGCCCCUUAACUUUUCAGGCUUGGUUAGCCAUCUAUACUUCACCGAGAAUGCCGUCUUUGCCCUGCAUUCCCUUCUCAUGAAGAGUUAUUUGCAUGAGCUCUGCAAAAACAUCGACCGAGAAGAAGAACAGAGGACGCUGCUGCUCACACUGAUGACUGUACUGUGCCACCUCUUCUGUCAUAUUCCCUGCACGAAGUACAGAAAUCAAGAGUGGCUCGAGAAGGUUGUUCAUCGAUCGCCCUCAAUCGUCCUUCUCCCUGCGCUUCCUCCGAAAGCUGCUCAUGUCCUCAAAGCCCACAACGAGGAGACUUUCAAGAUAUUCAGGACGUACGUGCACACUUUUGUCGACCAGCAUCUGAGCCACACCCCGGAUGACGAGUUGCCCUUUACCAAAACACGAGUCGGUCCUACCGAGAGCGAGUUCGUUGAUACCGCUGCUGCGAACAUCUCCCUCUUACCCCCCACGGCCAUUCGCUCCCCUUUUUCUGCACUCUCAGGCUUCACGGACAACUUCAACACGAUCCAUGAGUUGUGCGAUACAGUUCGGGCCGGCGUCUUCCUCGACGAGUCGGCUAUUCCGUACAUCCCCGUCUACCCUCACGAGACCAACAACGUGCCGUGGAACGCUUACAUUUACGACUUCUUUAAGCACGGCGACCUGGAAGCCCUAGUGAGAGAUAACGGAAUCAAGCGCGGAGAUGUGUGGUUCCGCCUCAAAGACUUUUCACUCGUCUUGGCAACCAUUGUGACGAGCCUAGAGAACUUUUUAGGCAGCAAUGAUGUAGACGAUGCCGGCAUGGUCGAUGUUCAAGAUGUGGGUGACAUCCUUGAAGAAGAGAGAUUCGAUGACGAUUUUGUGCAGCAGUCACCGGGAGCUCCUUGA